GUGGGUUUUGUGUGCAGCGUACCACUCGUAUAUGCAGCCACACCAAGACUGCCGGCAUAAAUUAACAAACGGCGAGAGCGGAUGAGCGUUUUUUCUCUUUUAGAUCCGCUCUAUAGCCCUUUGAUACCUAAAAUACUACCCAAGAAACGCACUGUCAUGCAUAUCGUCGAUAGCUCUUCUGCUGACAUUUUACAAGAAUCGCCUUUAUCAACAUGGACCGGGCCAAAGAGCAUUCAGCACAGGAGCCCGGCGUAUUGAGUGCCAGUAUGGCGAAUCCGAAUACCCAUAAUACCGAACCCAUAGACAUAGGGUAUGAGAAAAGUCAUUACCCGCCGCAUUCCAUCGCAAUAGUUGGUAUGGCGGGCAGGUUUCCUGGUGCGGACACAGUAGACGAGCUUUGGGACCUACUACUCGAGGGCAGGUCAGUGGCCGAGCCAGCCGAUGUGCACCGACUUCAACUUCCAGAAAAGGACAAGAAUGUAUCAUCAGGGUGGUGGGGUAACUUCCUGUCAAACUCCGAAUCAUUCGAUAAUAUUCUUUUCGAAAAGUCGAGUCGAGAGGCACUAGCGUGGGAUCCGCAGCAGCGGGUGCUGCUUGAGGUUGCCUACACAGCGUUGCAGAAAUCAGGUCAUUUUGAUCCUUCGACGACAAGCACAACUGACUAUGGCUGUUUUAUUGGUGCUGCCAUGAAUAACUACCAAGACAACGUCUCAUGCCAUACACCUACAGCAUACGCUACUGUCGGAACGUCACGGCCCUUUCUAAGCGGAUCUAUUAGCCAUCACUUUAACUGGACAGGGCCGUCUCUUACUAUUGACACCGCAUGCUCCUCGUCUCUUGUAGCUGUCCAUACAGCUUGUCGAGCGAUAUGGUCAGGAGAGUGCACUAGAGCACUUGCAGGCGGAACCAACAUCAUUACCAGCCCACAUGAUUAUCAGAAUCUGGCUGCAGCUGGCUUCCUAAGCCCAACUGGCCAAUCAAAGCCAUUCGAUGCAGCAGCUGAUGGAUACUGCCGUGGUGAAGGCGUUGGCGUUGUGUUACUUAAAUCACUGGCUGAAGCGAUUGGUGACAAGGAUCCCAUUUUGGGUGUCAUUGUCGGCAGCGCAGCCAAUCAGAACUAUAAUACGACACCCAUCACUGUCCCAAAUGCCGAGUCGCAAACACAACUGUUUCGAAAAGUGAUGAAACUUGGCAACGUGCAGCCGGGCGACGUGACCUACAUUGAAGCACAUGGUACUGGAACGGGAGUGGGCGAUCCAGUCGAAGCUCAAAGUAUUAGGCUGGCAUUUGCUGGGAAGCAACGAGAUUCCAUGUUGCACUUCGGCUCUAUCAAAGGGAAUAUUGGACAUACCGAAGCUUCCGCUGGUGUUGCCGGAUUGAUUAAAGUCCUUCUCAUGAUGGAACAUGGUGUUAUACCACCACAAGCAAGUCACACCAGUCUGAAUCCUCAAAUUCCGCCUCUCGAACCCGAUAACAUGGCCAUACCCAAGAAACCUGUGCCGUGGAAUACUCACGCUCAGGGCCGACUUGCUUGUGUUAAUAGCUAUGGCGCGGCGGGCAGUAAUUCCGCUUUAUUAAUUCGGGAAGCACCAAAGCUGUUCCAAAUGGAGACGCCGAAAAAGGCUGAAGCUGUCAGCUCAGUUCCAAGUACCUGUUGGCCACUAAUUCUGACAGCUACCACAAGCCAAAGCCUAUCCAGCACCUGUGAAGCCUUGUUGAAGUGGAUAGAAGGCCAUCCCAGCGACUCCAUGGGAACAUUGCUCUUUAAUGUCGCAAUAAGAUGCAACCAAAGUCUCCCUAUUACAUUCGCCGCGUCCGUUAUGGACCUCUCAGAUCUAAAGUCCAAGAUCCAAGAGGCUGCCACAUUGCAGAUAGAUGUGCCAAAAAAGCGCGCCAUCUCAACCACCGAUGAAACAAAACCUAUUAUUCUUGUAUUUGCUGGCCAGGAACGCGAUUUCGUCGGCCUAAAUGAGGAGGUGUACAGGUCAAAUGCAAUUCUACGCAGCCACCUUGAUUUGUGUGACAAGAUUAUUCAAGCACAGACGUCAAGGAGCAUAUAUCCGGCUAUAUUUGAUCUCAAGCCUAUCGAAAAUCUGGAAAUAUUACAUUGUAGCCUCUUUGCGCUGCAGUAUGCGUCAGCUCAAGCGUGGCUAUCGUGCGGCCUGAAGAUAGACGGUGUGGUAGGACACAGUUUUGGCCAAUUUGCCGCUCUUGCCAGUAUUGGGGCUUUUUCUCUCGAUGAUGCUAUUAUGCUGGUAUCAAAGAGAGCCUUGCUCAUACAGAACUAUUGGGGUAAAGAGCGGGGUGGUAUGUUAUAUGUUGGAGCAACCCGCGCUGCCACAGAACAAAUCCUGCGAGACUUCCAAGCUUACCAAGAGAAUACCGAUAAUUGGGAGGAUCGAAGCAUCGAAAUCGCGUGUUAUAAUGGGCCAUCUAAUCAUGUGCUUGUCGCAUCUAAUACGACAAUGGCUCUCCUAGAACAAUAUAUCAACUCACGCCACCCGUCCGUACCGACGAAAAGGCUCCAAGUAACCCACGGCUUUCACUCAAGAUUUGCAGAUCCCAUUAUAUCCCAUCUUCAGGAGAUAGCUGAUCGGGUGACUUGGCUGCCGCCCAAGAUACACAUUGAACUUUGCAACGGGAUGGAGAUCAAUCUUGCUGAGGGAGACCCAACACUGAACUCCAAGAUUCCAGUGGAACUUACUCGGAAUCCAGUCUUCUUCCACAGCGCUAUUUCUUCGUUGGAGCGGCGAUUUGGUCCGCGAAUCACUUGGUUAGAAGCAGGAUGCGGCUCGUCUGUAAUGCAACUAGUUAAGUUGAGCAGCGGACCACCUUCUGAGACAGCGCAUCACUUCCUGUCACCCAAGCUCUGCAGUGUCGAUGGUCAAAAGUCACUCGUCGACGCGACUGUCUCUCUAUGGAGGGCUAAACAUAAAACACAAUACUGGCCCUUCCAUCGAUGCCAAGCAAACGAAUAUUCCCGAAUGAAAUUGCCGACCUACCCGUUUCAGAAAGCCAACUUCUGGCUACCCUAUAUACGAGACAGUCGAGGUGGUCAGGCGGCUUCUUCAUCCGACGUCAUGGCUGCAGAGAAACCUCUCCCGUUAAUCUCGUUUUUGCAAUUAGAAAACUCAGAAUCAAACGAAUCAGCUGUAUUCCGUAUCAAUGGGGACUCUGAGCGCUACCAAAACAUUGCGAAUGGCCAUGUCAUGGCCGGCCAACCGUUGGCCCCAGCAUCUCUAUAUUUUGAGAUGAUUUGUUCAGCGGCUUUCCAGUUAGAAAAAGAUAUGCUACAAGUCGACUAUGUUCCCAGACUGGACGAUUUGCAAAUGGAAGCCCCUCUUGGAACCGACACUUCGCGGGAAGUGUUGCUCAUGCUUACUAGAAUGGACCGUGCAGCGUUGUGCUGGAGGUUUUCGAUCAAGAGCAGCAUAGGCAAACGAGGCGACGUUCGACAAGACAUGCAAACACAUACCACGGGUGUGAUAUAUCUGGUCCGUCGUGAUGAUGCACGCAAAACGCUGGAGUUCAAACGAUACGAGGCUCUGACAGGGCUGCGCCAGUGUGACGCAAUAGGGCGCCAACCAAAUUUGCAAAUGAUGCAGGGGAGCCAUAUUUACAAAGCUUUCAAAUCUGUCGUAAAUUAUAGCCCCGUCUUUCACAGAAUAACACGGAUUGCAUGUGCUGGAAACGAAGCAACGGCCGAUAUUACCAUUCCGUCCGAUCAGGGCGAUGGGCAGAGUCUGCCGGUCUUUGAUGCACCCAUGAUUGAGAGCUUCAUGCAAAUUGCCGGAUUCCUGAUCAAUUAUUUCCAUAAUCAGAGUGAAACACAUGUCCAAAUAUGCAACUACAUCGAGCGUAUUGAGAUUGGACCGAGCUUUCAUACCAAUGCCUGCGAAUGGGUGGCCUAUUCUAAUACCCAUGAUAUUUCAAGUGGCAAAGGCGCAUCUACAGUUGCAGAUGUAUAUCUUUUUGAUCUGCGAAGCAAGUCACUCGUUAUGGUUGUAUUCGGAUGUCGCUUCAGUAGCAUGCCACGAAAGCUGCUAGCGAGCAUAUUACAAAGAGUUAACCUGCCGCAGGCACAGGCUAAUGUUGCCCUGGCCUCAGCGCCCUUCAUCAAAAACGAAGCCACAAUAGAACCAACUCCAAAGAAUUCACCUCAACUAGCAACCGAAUCUAUACCAAAUACUGAUACUCCACAAAUACACAGCAAUCGCCAAAAUAUCUUAGCAAUCUUGGCGGACAUUACUGAUUUCGCGGUAGACGAGAUCAAAGACGACCAUGAGCUAUUAGACCUUGGCAUAGAUUCGCUAAUGGCCACGGAGAUUCUGAAUCAUUUAUACACGAAUUUGGGAGUAACUAUCAACUUGGCUAGCUUCCUAUUAUUCCCAAACAUUGGAACCCUUAUUCGUCAUAUAGACUCUCUAUUGGGCGGUUCGAGUGACAGCUCUCAUGUGACGGAGACACCCCCGUCCAGCAGAGGAAGUUUUGAGAUAACAAGUGCCACGGUUAAUACCGAGGUAUUGACCUCUCCGGAACAAGAAACUCGAAAUAUUGAAGUACGGUCGCCACAUGGCAUUGAAUCGAGGAAUGUGCUGGCUGUGCCGGCUGCACUUUCGGCAGCAGAAGCCUUUGAAAAUGUCAGGCAUGAUUAUGACAAGUACGCUGAACAUACCAAAGCGCUACACUUUUGGUCGGAUGUACACCCUGAGUUGCAAAAACUUGUUCUUGCCUACGCUGUAGAGGCGUUGUCAGCACUGAACUGUAACUUAUCGGCGUUUCGGGAUGGUCAAAGUGUUCAGUGCAUAAAAGUUCAAGCUAAAGACACACAGCUGAUGAACCUAUUAUACGAAAUCCUUGUAGACGGCAAGCUUAUUUCGCGCGAUGUAGCACAUGUCGAUUUUCUUAGGAGUGCGCACCCCAUCGAUCUGACAUCGUCAGAAUCCAUCUAUCAACAGAUGUCCAAUCACCAUCAUCAACAUCAUACAGCUUACAAACUUUUGAGGGCUGUCGGAUCCAGCCUUGCGCAGUGCUUGGCAGGAGAACAAACCGGUCUACAGGUGCUCUUUGGAGUCAAAGAAACUAAGAAGACUUUGGAAGUAAUGUACGAAUUCUGGCCGCUAUUUCGCUCUGCUACCCUCCUUGUUGGCGAGUUUCUACUAGGGCUUGCGAAUAGCCUCAAAAGUAGCAACCAAGUUCUUCGAAUUCUAGAAGUUGGCGGCGGUACAGCUGGAACAACACGAUAUGUCGUAGACUAUCUUCGGCGCCAUGGUAUUGCGUUUGAAUACGUGUUUACGGAUAUAUCUACAUCCUUGGUAGCGGCAGCGAAGAAAGAAUUCGGAAGUCCACCUGAUAUGCGAUUUCAGCUACUGGACUUGGAAGAGACCUUAGUUCCGGUGGGCUUUGAGAAUUAUUUCCACUGUAUUAUUGGUGCCAAUUGCGUCCAUGCAACAGCAAACGUUUACCAAAGUUUGCGUUAUCUACGGAAGAUGGUACGUGAAGAUGGUGCCUUAUGCCUAGUGGAAAUCACCAAGCGAAUGUACUGGCUCGACAUGAUAUUCGGUGUACUGGACGGCUGGUGGCGAUUUAACGACGGGCGAUCUCACGCUCUGAAGCAAAUUGCGGACUGGGAGCAAGCAUUGACGAGAGCCAACUUCGGUCAUGUCAGUUGGUCGGAGGGCAACUCCCCUGAAUCACAAACGGUGCGCGUUAUUGCUGCAUUUCCAACCUUGGAGGAUCAGGCUGCCCGUUUCAUUCCUGCCAAACAAGCUCCUACAGUCGAAACAACACCACUGACUACCGAGAAAGUCUUGGUAGAUACUGUUACUUACAAACGAAUCGGAGACCAAGAGCUAUUGGCAGACAUAUAUCAUUUCGCUCGACCUCAAUUACGCAUUGGCCAAAAGAUGCCCAUUGCAUUGAUGAUCCACGGAGGUAGCCACGUGCUGUUUUCAAGAAAAGACAUUCGACCUGCACAAACCCAACUACUCCUAGAAAAGGGCUUCUUGCCGGUUAGCCUGGAUCAUCGCCUCUGCCCUGAAGUCAGUCUCUUGGAAGGUCCUAUGGUCGAUGUGUGUGAUGCACUCCAUUGGGCACGCGAAACCCUACCAAAUCUACAUCCUUAUUGCAAUUGGGACCUUGAUGGCAGCAGGGUUGUUGUUGUUGGCUGGUCAUCAGGCGGUCAGCUGGCCAUGUCACUCGCCUGGACCGCACCGGAGAGAGGAUUGAAGCCGCCGGAGGCCAUUCUGGCGUUUUACUGUCCGACCAACUAUGAGGAUCCAUGGUGGCAGCACCCGAUACAACCAGUGGGAGCCCCGGACACUGGUCUGGAAUAUGAUAUCUUGGAGGCUAUUCAGAAGAAGCCUAUCUCGUCUUACACACAGGUCACGGCUUGGCAACCACUAUCUGAUAAGCGCAUCCUCAGUGACCCUCGAUGCCGCAUUGUUCUUCACAUGAAUUGGAAGGCACAAACCUUACCUAUUAUUCUAGACGGACUGCCAAGCGAAUCGAUGGCGGAUACAGCAGCUACUCUCCGCGAUCCAACCGUCAAAGACUGGCAAAAUCUACCACAACCAAGCAUUGAGAAAAUAAAAGCAGCGAGCCCUCUGGCGCAGAUCCGUUUGGCAAAAUACAACACGCCAACCUUUUUGAUUCAUGGUACAGAGGAUGAUUUGAUUCCAUGGCAACAGAGCUGGAAUACCUACAAAGCCAUGCUUGACAAGGGAAUCGAGGCACAUUUGGAGCUGGUGCAUGGUGCGCCACACAUUUGCGAUACAAGCACCGAAAAGCAGUCUGAUGGUUGGAAGGCUGUCCUCCAAGGAUAUAACUUUCUUAGUUCGCAUGUUUAGCUACUGAUAUCUAUCUACUUAUCAUCACCGCUAAUAUAUAAAUCACACCAUCUUGCCACCCGUU